AUGCCGCCAUCACGCUCUACCCCGGAAGCGGACGUAGAAGAGGAUGGAAGGCCCCUGAAACGGCCACGAAUAGAUCCUGAUACCCAGGUUACAGUACCAAAGGAGUUCGAAGAGCAGACGCGACUUGAUGAGGACACUGAGGAGAAUGAGGAUGUGGAGGUGAAUGACCAACCGGAGAUAUCGCGGGCUUCGGACUUGUACCUUGAUACAAUAAACAGGGCUGUUCUCGACUUUGAUUUCGAGAAAGUGUGUUCCGUUUCUCUCUCAAACAUCAACAUCUACGGUUGUUUAGUGUGUGGCAAGUACUUCCAAGGACGAGGACGCAAGUCAUACGCGUACGCGCAUGCAAUACAUGAUGACCACCACGUGUUCAUAAAUUUGGAGACCACCAAGGUUUAUGUUUUGCCUGACGGGUACCUUGUCUCUGAUCCGUCGUUGGAAGACAUUGCAUUUGUUCUCGCACCGUCCUUUACGCCAUUAUCCAUUGCCAAUCUCUCGAAACCUGCACAUCUUCUAAAACCUUCGUACGACUUGUCUUCAAAACCGUAUACUCCUGGCUAUAUAGGACUCAAUGAUAUCAAACGAAACGACUACAUGAAUGUCAUCAUACACUCACUGCUUCACGUCUCUCCUCUCCGCGACUACUUAUUGCUCUCUAAUUAUCGUGGCAAGGAGCCGGAACUGUUGAAGCGCUUCGCUAAUCUUGCCAAGAAAAUUUGGAACCCCAGAUUAUUCAAGAGCCAAGUCAGCCCGCACGAGUUCCUGCAGGAAGUUGGCAGAGCAAGUGGGGGUAAGUUCAGCCUAGAAAAACAGGGCGAUCCGGUGGAAUUCUUAGGAUGGUUACUGAACCAUCUCCACAAGGAUCUGGGCGGUACGAAGAAAAGAGAUUCUAGUAUAAUUUUUGCUGCUUUCCAAGGACAGGUCCGGAUGGAAACACAGCAGGUGAUCGUGCGUCCCGACGCUGGAGAACACGAGAAGCCGCGUUUCGACAUCGACCGAGAGAUAAAAUCAACUGUAUCUCCAUUCUUGUUCCUUGCGGUUGACCUGCCGCCGCCGCCGCUUUUCCAAGAUGCUGUCGAAAAGAACAUUAUCCCUCAAGUCGGCAUUCAUUCUGUACUAGCAAAGUACGACGGUCGGACUACACAGGAAUCUGUUGGACAGCUACGGCGAUUUAAAUGCCAGCGUCUUCCUCCUUACAUCAUCCUGCACUUCAGGCGCUUCACCAAGAACAUCUUUGUGGAGGAGAAGAACCCCACCAUCGUAAACUUUCCCUUGCGAGGCCUUGAUUUCCGAGAAUACCUCGAUCCACCGCCUGGACACCCGCUCACACUUUACGAUCUGAUCGCGAAUGUGACGCAUGAAUCAGCCGCAGGUACGACCCGUGAUAAAGAGAGCACGGUGUGGAAGGUGCACCUGCGUGCUGGGGCCGGGGGUGGAGAAAGUGAGAAGUGGUACCAGAUACAGGAUCUGAUUGUUGAAGAGAUCCGAAAGGAGAUGAUCUUUUUGGGCGAAACUGUCUUGCAGAUAUGGGAACGAAGAGUGGACUCGCACAAUUCGCGUGGUGAGAAGCCAAACGGGAGUAUGGACGUUAGGUCCUGA